CGUUGGAAGAGUCAGGAAGUUUAGUAACAAUAUAUACAUUUUGGGGUACUUUUGACACUACGGGUGUUAAUUUUGAUCAUAAAAACAAAAAUGCCCUCUCUAAAUGGGAAACCGGACGUCAUGUUUGAGGAAGAUGACCUGCCUUAUGAGGAGGAGAUCAUCAGGAAUCCGUACUCGGUCAAGUGCUGGAUGCGCUACAUCGAGUUCAAACAGAAUGGCGUCAAGUCCAUCCUCAACAUGAUCUAUGAACGAGCUCUGAAAGAGCUACCUGGCAGUUACAAGUUAUGGUACAACUACCUGAGAGAGAGACGGAAACAGGUCAAAGGGAAGUGCAUCACGGAGCCAGCCUACGAGGAGAUCAACAACUGCCAUGAAAGAGCACUGGUUUUCAUGCACAAGAUGCCGAGGAUCUGGCUGGACUACUGCCAGUUCCUGGUAGCUCAGUGUAAGAUCACCAGGAGCAGACGCACGUUUGACCGAGCACUCCGAGCCCUGCCCGUCACUCAGCACCCUCGCAUCUGGCCCCUGUACCUCCGCUUUGCCCGGAACCUGCCCCUGCCUGAGACCGCCAUCCGUGUCUAUCGCAGGUACCUCAAGCUGUCCCCAGAGAAUGCAGAGGAGUACAUAGAUUACCUGCGUUCCUGCGGCAAGCUGGAUGAAGCAGCGGUGCGUCUGGCAGCCGUUGUCAACGAUGAGAGCUUUGUGUCCAAAGAGGGCAAGUCUAACUACCAGCUAUGGCACGAGCUGUGUGACCUGAUCUCUCAGAACCCAGACAAGGUGAACUCUCUGAAUGUUGGGGCCAUCAUCCGUGGAGGCCUCACUCGUUUCACAGACCAGCUGGGCAAACUCUGGUGCUCCCUGGCUGACUACUACAUUCGCAGUGGACAUUUUGAAAAGGCUCGUGAUGUGUAUGAGGAGGCCAUCUUGACGGUGGUGACGGUGAGAGAUUUCACCCAGGUGUUCGACAGCUACGCCCAGUUUGAGGAGAGCAUGAUCGCUGCCAAGAUGGAGACUACCUCCGAGAUGGGGAAAGAUGAAGAAGAGAACAUAGACCUGGAGCUGCGUCUGGCCCGCUUUGAGCAGCUGAUCGCCCGCAGGCCCCUCCUGCUGAACAGUGUGCUGCUGAGACAGAACCCCCACAACGUCCACGAGUGGCAUAAGAGGGUCAAACUGUACGAGGGGAAACCACGACAGAUCAUCAAYACCUACACAGAGGCAGUUCAGACUGURGACCCUAUGAAGGCUACAGGGAAACCCAGCUCUCUCUGGGUCUCCUUCGCCAAGUUCUAYGAGGAGAACGAGCAGCUAGACGACGCGCGGACCAUCUUUGAGAAAGCCACCAAGGUGAACUACAAGCAGGUUGACGACCUGGCUGGCGUGUGGUGUGAAUACGGAGAGAUGGAGCUACGCCAUGAGAACUACGAACAGGCGCUACGUAUACUGAGGAAAGCAACUGCCAUCCCRUCCAAGAAGGCGGAGUACUUUGACGUGUCAGAGCCGGUGCAGAACAGAGUGUACAAGUCUCUGAAGGUCUGGUCCAUGCUGGCUGACCUGGAGGAGAGUAUGGGAACCUUCCAGUCCACCAAGGCGGUGUACGACCGCAUCAUUGACCUGCGCAUAGCCACGCCCCAGAUAAUCAUCAACUACGCCAUGUUCCUGGAGGAGCACAACUACUUUGAGGAGAGCUUCAAGGCGUACGAGCGCGGCAUCGCCCUCUUCAGGUGGCCCAACGUCUAUGACAUCUGGAACACCUACCUCACCAAGUUCAUCGACCGCUACGGGGGCAAGAAGCUGGAGAGGGCCCGGGACCUGUUUGAGCAGGCGCUGGAUGGCUGUCCAGCCAAGUUCGCCAAGACCAUCUACCUGCUGUACGCCAAACUGGAGGAGGAGUUUGGGUUGGCGCGUCAUGCCAUGGCGGUGUACGAAAGAGCCACGCAGGUGGUGGACAACACGGAGAGGCAUCACAUGUUCAACAUCUACAUCAAGAGGGCUGCAGAGAUCUACGGCGUCACCUACACCAGAGCUAUCUACCAGAAAGCCAUCGAGGUGCUUCCAGACGAACACUCCAGGGACAUGUGUCUGCGCUUCGCUGACAUGGAGAGCAAACUGGGCGAGAUCGACCGGGGACGAGCCAUAUACUCCUACUGCUCUCAGAUCUGUGACCCAAGGAUGACGGCUACGUUCUGGCAGACAUGGAAGGAGUUUGAGAUCCGCCAUGGGAAUGAAGACACUAUCCGGGAGAUGCUGAGGAUCAAGCGCAGCGUCCAGGCCACGUAYAACACACAGGUCAACUUCAUGUCCUCACAGAUGAUGAAGGCCAACACCAACGCCACCGGCACCAUCUCAGAUCUUGCCCCGGGCCAGAUGGGGCUGGAUGAUAUGAAACUGUUGGAGCAGCAGGCCCAACUGCUGGCCGCCGAGGCUGAACAGGACAAACCCAAACUCAAAGAGAAGAUCCUCUUCGUCAGGAGUGACACGUCACGCAGCGAGCUGGCUGAACUGGCCAAACAAGCCAACCCUGAUGAGAUUGAUAUUGAUAUUGAUGAUGAGGAUGAGGAUGAAGACCAGGGCCCAGAGGAGGUGCAGUUGGAACAGAAGACCGUCCCCACCGCUGUCUUUGGAGGGCUGAAAGAAGGAGAAGAUUGAAUACAGAUAUGACAUCACUGACGAGCUMCCUGGUCCACGAAUGGAGCCUUUUCAACCCCUGUAAAAUGUAUGAUGAGAAUAGAUUGUGUGGAAUGUGAACUUUGUCAUUUAUCUUUUCUUUGUUGUUGACUGUAAGGGUUCUUGYUCUACAUUCAUAGAUUGUCAAGUCUGCACCAGAUCUGUGAAUAAAAAUGAGAUUUAUCAAUAGAAUUCAAAUGUUCCUUAUUAAAAACAAUUGAAAUGCUCCUUUCUAAAAACAAUGUAAAUGCUCAUUUUCCUUCUAAACAUGAGGACCAAGGCACACUUCAAAGUUAACAUGUUCAAAUUACGAUGGCAUGUUCAAUAGAACAAAAUUGUAAAAACCUCUGACAUGUUUUGGCAUGACUUUUGUCAGGUAGUUUUUAAGAUUUUGUUCUAUUGAACAUGCUACAGUAUCAUAAUAAAGAGUGCCUUGGUCCUCCUUGUUAUUUAUGUCAUAUUAACCCUUUAACCAAAGAGCGCCUUCAACCUACAAAGAUCUACUAGUAGUGUAUCCUAGCAGCACUUAUAAUUCUUUCUACAAAUGCUCCUUGAUGUAGCGAUGCAUUAAAGCAAAACUAGCAUUGGUAACACUGUUGCUCUUUUUCGACAGUUGAAAUCACUGUUUGCUACGGUA